AUGUUUCAGUUGCAUUCCUAUAAAGAUUGGUUUAAACAUGACUGGCAUGACAAAGUUCGGGAUUAUGACUUGGAACUGUCACAAGAUAAUAUGGGCUUGAAGAAGGAAACUUCGGAUAGUGUACCUUUGAGUUGCUGUAAAAGUGGCUCGUGCGUCUCUAACUUCCUUGAAGAGCUUGGUACCAAUUCUAUAAAUGAAAGGGGUUGCGGAAGUACAAUGUAUCGUCUUAUAAUAGUUUCAAUGAAUGUGCAUCUCCUUAUCUUUGUAGCUGUAAUUCUUUUAGAGAUACUAAUACUUCGGUACGUUGCUAUUCAUUCAUCGAAUGUGGCACAAGCAAAACUAAUUGACCACAUAAUGCCCGUCAACGAACGAUUUGAUGUUUCUAGUGAUUCGUAUAACUUACAUGAUCACAGCGAAAAUGGAAAUCAAUACGAAAAAAGCACAUAA